AUGGGCAAAAAAAGUUCCAAAUUAGUCAAACAAUCAUCAUCAGCACCAGUGGAGAACAUAAAUAAAGUCUCCAAUCCGUUGAAGAAUAUAGCUGAAGCUUCCAAUCAAAUCAUACCGAAGGCAAAUUUACAAACGUGUAUAAUUGGAAAUGUCGCGAUCGUUUGGUUAGAUCAAAAUAUCAAUGAAUCUUCCGAUAAUUAUCGAAACUCAAUCCAUAAACUUCGAAAAAUUGUUAAUUCAAUUGAAAAUUUUCAAGAUAAAGAUAAAUGUAUCAAAUUUAUCCGCGAAAUACAAGAUGAAAAAAUCUUUCUAAUUGUAUCAGGUUCUCUUGGUCAACAGAUUACUCCUACAAUUCAUGAACUUCCUCAACUUCAUUCGAUCUAUAUUUUUUGUUAUCAGAAAUCUUUACAUGAACAAUGGGCAAAAAAAUUUCACAAAAUUGCAGGAGUAUUCACGGACAUGGAUCAUAUUUGUCUGAUAAUGAAGGAGAACGUUCGAUUAACAAAUAACGACCUAGUACCAAUAAGUGCCAUACCAAAAUCAUCAACAGCUGAUUUAAAUACGCUCGAUCCAAUGUUUAUGUAUUCCAAAUUAAUCAAAGAAAUUAUUUUGGAAAUGAAAUAUGAGAAAAAGGUACCCGAGGAAUUCAUUGAGUUUUGUAGCUCAAAAUAUUCGACAGAUAAAUCUGUGUUAAAAUCGAUCGAAGAAUUUAAAUCCGAUUAUUGUGUUGAGAAAUCCGUUNAUGUUCAACGACAACUUUUUCUUUUCGAUACAAAUAAAUAUGUUCAAAAUGCAUCGACAAUUAGUUUAUGGAAUACUCAAAUUGAUGUUUUAACUGUUACUUAUUCUUUUGAAGAUAAUGAAAGAUCAAUAGGUUGUUUACUGGCUAUUGGAAUUCUAAUGCGUUUUUUAACGAUUGUUUUUCUUUAUGGAAGAUCAGAAUAUCGAUCGAAAUUUCGAUUUUAUUUAUCAAAAUUAUUCGAUUUUAUUGGUUAUCAACCGAGAUAA